AUCAGCACAGCCGAGCAUUUGUAUCCAACCCAACAUCGAUCCAGCCCGGAAUCCAACACCACAAAAGUUCGCUCUGGAUAGUAUGAAGGAUGGAACGUUGACGCAAUCAAUUCGUUAGAGCCCUUGCCAUAAUCUGUGACAAUUCCUUCAAAGAAUGGCCCCUCUUGCUUCAAUUUUCAAGAAGGCCUAUUAUACACUUUUCUUUGGUAUCAUUCUCUACGUUUCGGCAUUGUUUGCUCUUACAAAUCCAUGGCUACAGCGGCAUGCUUUGUAUGUUCACAAGCUUCACACUGCGUACUGGGUCGACCACAAUGUACCGGAGCAAUUCGGGUUUGCGAAGAACCAAAUAACGCCUUUUAACUUCCUUACGCCGGACCAUGAGACCAUAUACGCGUGGCACGUGCUCCCCUUGGGACUCUAUGCCAGACACGAGGCAGAGAUGCUACGACAGCCAUCCGGACUUUCAGAAGAUAUUACGCAGAUGAAGUCAUUCCAACUUCUCAGAGAUGACCCAGAUUCAAGAUUGAUCAUAAAUUUUCAUGGUAACGCAGGCAGUGUAGCCCAAGGUUGGCGCACCGAUUGUUAUCGAUCGUUGUCAGAUGGUAGUACUUCGAACAUCCACAUCCUCGCUAUCGACUAUCGAGGGUUUGGUCUUUCGACAGGAUCUCCCACUGAAGAUGGAUUAAUCAUCGACGGAGUUGCUACAGUAGACUGGGCCUUAAAUGUCGCAAAGGUGCCCGCAAGUCGAAUUGUAAUCCUUGGCCAAAGCCUUGGAACUGCAGUCACAGCUGGCGUGGUGGAGGUCUUUGCCCAACGAGGUGUAGAUUUUGCAGGAGUGGUUUUGGUUGCUGGCUUCAGUAACCUUCCCGAUCUCCUGACGAAGUAUUCCAUCGCCGGAUAUCUUCCUAUUCUUUCUCCAAUAGGACCUUAUCCCAGACUGAAGAAAAUAUUAAGAGAUCACAUCAUCGACAAAUGGCCAUCUACAGAGCGCCUAGCAAACUUUGUCCGUCUGAGCAAGAGAGUGAGAUUGUUCAUCCUUCACUCAAAAAAUGACCCGGAAAUCCCAUGGACAGAAUCUGAGGCUCUGUUCGCGGCCGCAGCAAAUGCAACUACGGAUGGAGGCAUGGAAGUUGAAUUGUUCAAGAAGAUGAAGGCUCGGACGACAGUUGACAUGGGAGAUGGGACUUUCAUUAGCACUUGGAAAACAGGCGGAGAUAAAAUUAUAAGAGAAGAGAUUGUGGCUUAUGGUCAUCAUAGCAGGAUUCUAACUUAUGCUCCAGUCGCUCUGGCUGCACUGAAAGCGUUUGACUUUGAUGGCUGAGAGUAGAGAAGCGUUGUGUGGAGUGUACGAAGUGAACUGGUAGGACCUGUGGAGCUGUGUAAGAAAGCUAGUACAUAAUUUGAUAGACGUCCUCUUCGCUGUCCCUAGAAGAUAAUGAAAUAAUGUCUCC